GGGAACAGAGACGGGGUGCACGGAGGGAGGAUAAGAGAGGGAAAAUAAGGAGGGGGGGAGACUAAGAUUGAAAACAGACGCCGGCUCUUUCUGCUAAAAGGAGACUUCUUUAGCAGAGCAGCUCAGACUUCCAGAGAGAAGUAGAAUGCUCCCUCUCUUUCUCUCUCUCUCUGUUUCACGGAUCUCUAGGAACAAAUAGAUUUCAAGCAUUGGAGCUGAGGGACACAGAAACCGUGGUCAAGUUGAUCUUUGAUCACCUUCUCUUGUUUGGAUUAUGGUCAACAGGACCAACAGUACCAGAACCCCCCUGAUCCUGGAGGAUUACAGCCUGUUGUCCAGGUGUGGGUUAGGAUUACGUUAGGGUUAGGGUUAUCCAGGCUGGAAGAUCCACAGGUAGAAGAUCCACUGGGAAGGUGCGACCACAGAACAUCUCUCCUUCUUUUAAGAGCUUCAAAGACUGACAAUAACUGAAAGAGUCUAUUCCAAGCCUGCAAACUGAGGGAGUCUUUGACAGAGACCUGCAAACGGAGGGAGUCUAUUCCAGACCUGAAGACGAAGAGAGUCUAUUCCAGACUUGCUGACUGAGGGAGUCUAUUCCAGACCUGCGGACUGAGGGAGUCUAUUCCAAACCUGAAGACUGAGGGAGUCUAUUCCAGACCCGCUGACUGAGGGAGUAUAUUCCAGACCUGGAGACUGAGAGAAUCUAAACUAGACUUGCUGACUGAGGGAGUCUAUUCCAGACCUAAAGACUGAGGGAGUCUCCAGCCCAGGAGAGCAGAUCGGAUAUACAGUGUGUCCUGCAAGGAUGGAGGGAAUCAGGAGAAGGUCUAUGGUCCUGGUGUCUGUCAUGGCAGCCCUGCUGCUGAGUCCUGACCUGGCUGCUGGUCUGGAGCUCUCCCCCAGCCUGACCCAGGCCAUCCUCCAGAUCAACUCCUCUUUCUCCAUCACCUGCUCUGGCUGGGGCAGAGUCACCUGGAGGGUCCCCGUAGACCCCCCCCUGGAGGGGGUCCAGGUGGAGGACCAGGGCGCCACCAGCGUUCUGAUCCUAGAAAACGUCACCGCAUUGCAUUCUGGGAACUACGUCUGCCAGGAAGGCAUGGAGGAGGACACCAGGGACCUGGCUAUCUUCGUACCAGACCCUGACAGAUGGUUCGUCCCAACGGCUGGGGUGGUGAUGAAGGAGGAGGAGGAAGGGACCAUCCCUUGUGUGGCGUCCGACCCGCGGGUCAGCGUGAGCCUGUACGAGCGGGCGGGCGAGGGGCCACUACCGGGCCAGUACGAGGCCAGCCGUGGGUUCAGGGCGGUUCUGAACGACACUGCCUACGUCUGCAGAGGAACCCUGGAGGGACAGGAGCGAGAGUCCCAGGUGUUCUACGUCUACAGCAUCAUCGUCCCCCAGUCAGUGAGUGUGCACUUGACUGCGUCUCGAAGCUUGAUGAUGCAGGGAGAAGCUCUCAGUGUCAACUGCACCGCGAUGGGUGCCGAGAUGGUCUUCUUUACCUGGGAACACCCUCGUAGAGAGAAAAUCGAGCCGGUGACAGAGCUGAUGUCCAGGAAGAAGAUCCGGUCGUUUCUCAGCAUUCCAGAUGCCAGACUGGAGGAUUCUGGGAUAUAUACUUGCACGGUUCAGGAGUCUGUCGAGGGACACACUGCCAAAGACAACCUGACUGUUAUGGUUGUAGAGCGGGGCUACGUGGAGCUGGAGCCGAGGCAGCCCACCAGGGUAUCAGUGAUGGUGGAUGAGAGCGUGGAGAUCAGAGUACAGGUGGAGGCCUUCCCCGAACCCUCAGUCACCUGGAUGAGACACAACUCCACCCUGAUCGGAGACAACGUCUCGACCAAAAUCAACAAGGUGCACGAAACCAGGUACCUCAGCACUCUGACCCUGGUGAGAGUGAAGGCCGGCCAGGCUGGGCUCUACACCAUCAUGGUAGCCAAUAAGGAGGAGGCCAGGAAUGUGACCUUUACCCUGCAGGUGACAGUCCCUCCCAGAAUUCUUCACCUGUCAGACGAGAGGGGGGCGGGCCAGGACAUGCUGUGUGUCACCGAGGGCGUUCCCACGCCAACGAUCAACUGGUACAGCUGCUCCAGCACUAACAGGUGCAGUGACCAGUCCACACCCUGGCAACCUCUGACCACUGGCCCGGAGGUCGUGGUGGAGGACAACGUGACCUUUGUGGAGGAGAAAGGGCUCAGCCGGGUGGCCAGCCGGCUCACCCUAAACAACAUGGCCGCCGUCAAUGCCUUGCGCUGUGAAGCUCACAACGAAGGAGGGAUUCGUGCCCGGGACAUACGCCUGGUCUCUAACUCUCUAUUCUCGCAGGUAGCAGUGCUGGCUGCGGUACUGGCUCUCGUGGUCAUCGCUAUCAUCUUCCUCAUCAUCCUCAUUGCUCUGUGGAGGAAGAAGCCUCGCUAUGAGACCCGUUGGAAGGUGAUAGAAUCUGUGAGCUCGGAUGGUCAUGAGUACACCUACGUUGACCCUGUGCACCUCCCCUACAACCCCGCCUGGGAGCUACCCCGUGACAGCCUCAUCCUGGGUCACACUCUGGGUUCGGGGGCUUUUGGCAGGGUGGUGGAGGCCACUGUUUAUGACCUGGGACACAACCACACCUCCACCAGGGUGGCUGUCAAGAUGCUGAAGACUACUGCCAAGAGGAGUGAGACCCAGGCUCUGGUCUCAGAGCUGAAGAUCAUGAGUCACCUGGGCCCUCACCUGAACAUCGUUAACCUGCUGGGGGCCUGCACCAAGACAGGUCCCAUCUACCUGGUGACGGAGUACUGUCGUCAUGGUGACCUGGUGGACUUCCUGCAUCGUAACAGAGCGUUGUUCCUGCAGAGCCAGGCUGACCAGCAGGGGGUCAUCCUCACUGAGGAGAGCUCACCUGGAGGAGGACGCAGUGGGUCAGAUGGGGGCUACAUGGACAUGUCCAUAGAGCAGUGUCUGGAGUAUGAGGCCAUGAAGGAGCAGGGUGAUGCCAUCAAGUACGCCGACAUCGAGCCCUGCGACUACGAGACGCCCUGUCCGCACAGCAACGGCUACCGGGAACAAGCUCCGGUGCUGUCUCUCAGUGAUUCCACGGGCCUCAGCCUCCCAGACCUGGUGGCCUUCGCCUUCCAGGUGGCCCAGGGCAUGGACUUCCUGUCUUCUAAAAAUUGUGUCCACAGGGAUCUGGCAGCCAGGAAUGUUCUGGUGUGUGAGGGGAAGCUGGUAAAGAUCUGUGACUUCGGACUGGCCAGGGACCUCGCCAACGACAACAACUACGUCGCUAAGGGCAACACAUUCCUGCCAGUCAAGUGGAUGGCUCCAGAGAGCAUCUUCCACAGCCUGUACUCCAGCCUGAGUGACGUCUGGUCCUACGGCAUCCUGCUCUGGGAGAUCUUCUCUCUGGGAGGCCCUCCCUACCCGGACAUCCCCAUGAACGAGCAGUUCUACACUGCGCUGAAGAGCGGCUACCGUAUGCCCAAGCCCGCCCACGCCUCCCAGCCCAUGUAUGAGGUAAUGUGCAGGUGCUGGGAGGAGAAAUCCGAGUCGAGGCCUGGGUUCUCCUCCCUGGUUCAGACCACUGCUGACCUACUUUCGGACUCCUACAGGGAGCGCUACAUCCAGGUCAGUGACAACUUCCUGCGCAGCGACCAUCCUGCGGUGGCGAGGACCAGACCCCGGGCGGCAGACACACAGAAUGCAGACCCCUCAGAGGGGGUGGAGCUAAAGGAGGCUGUCCCCUCCCACGUUGCCUACAUCAUACCUAUACCUGACGUCACCAUCGAAACCAUAGUGGACGUGCUGGACACUCCCAAGGAGGAUUCAGACAGCCCACAGGAGUCUGGUCUCCAUGGCGAUGGAGACCCCACCAUAUCUGAGCCCUCAACACCAGUGAUGCAAACCCACCCAGAGGAAGAGGAGGAGCCGAGCCAGUCUCCAUGCACUCCUGAGGAGGAAGAGAGCUUCCUCUGAGGUCACCUGAUGAAUGUCACAUGACUCUGGUCACCUGACUAAGGUCACCUGAUUAAAGAUCUUCUUGACAACCUCUGUCUGAGAAUCAUGUGACCACCACAGGAAGCGUUUUAGAAGAAUAUUUUGUGUUGGCUUUGUAUAUUGGUAUUAUAUGUAUGUUUAAGGAAUGCUGCAAAGUGGAUAAGAAUGUAUCAAUUGCUGUAUUAUUUUUCUAUAAUCUGUGUUAUACUGCAGAUGUAAGGGUGUACAAUGUUUGAGAACAACAUAAAUACACACAGUAUCACAACAUCUGCAAAAGCACUGAGGAGAAGGUAGACUUCUGUACUCCUGAAGGCUCCUAUAGAGGAGAAGGUAGACUACUGUACUCCUGAAGGCUCCUAUAGAGGAGAAGGUAGACUUCUGUACUCAUGAAGGCUGCUAUAGAGGAGAAGGUAGACUUCUGUACUCCUGAAGGCUCCUAUAGAGGAGAAGGUAGACUUCUGUACUCCUGAAAGCUCUAUAGAGUAUAAAGGUAAAUCGAUAAACUUCUGAAGGCUCCUGAUGAGUCUGGAGGAGAAGGAAGGAAGACGUCUUUUCUGGGUCAGGGGGGAGUUUCCUGGUUAGGAGUUUCAGUCCAUGUCACCCUCUGAGCAGCAUAAACAUGUUGACUUGGUCUGUUAUGUGUGUUACGGUACACAGCCUAGGCAAAACCUGUAACCAGCCAGACCCCUGAGUACCUCUUUGCCCUGCAAACGUUAUAUUUACGUCAUAUUAACUUAGCAGACGCUAAAUUCUUUAAAGGAAGGUACAGCGGAACAUCAAGGAUCAGAAGUGUAUAGCUCUAACAUUAUUACAGCAGUAACAUAGUCCAGCUUACCAAAGUUGAUAUCAUGCUACCUGAUGACAUCCCUGAUGACAAGCGUGUGUUUAUAUUUUCUGUAAAGGUACCAAAGCUAAAACUUUUCUAAAAUACUUUAACCAAAGACAAUGGCAGGACCAGCUGAAUAGAUUAGAAAGGUGAAACGAUUAGAAGUGUAUUUUAGUGUCUGAAGAGUAUUUCAGAUGGGGUUCUAUGUUAUGAUGCUUUGCUUGCAUAUGUGUCCAUUUUUAACAACAAUAAAGGAACACAACAGGAAAUGUUA